AUGGAGUUAACUAUUGACAACACCAAUACUACUUCGUCAAAUCUAGAUGAUUUAUCUGUUGCUACACCAACUUCUUUAAUGACAAGCACCACAACAUCACCAUCACCAUCAACAAGUAGUCACAGUAAUACUAAUACAUUAGACAUAGAUCCAGCUACUUUUAAAUCGACUUUACCACCUAGAAAAAGAGCCAAGACUCAAGAAGAAAAGGAACAAAGAAAGAUUGAAAGAAUAUUAAGAAAUAGAAGAGCAGCUCAUGCAUCCAGAGAAAAGAAAAGAAAACAUGUUGAAUAUUUAGAAAACUAUGUUUUAAAAUUGGAAGAAAAUUUAACUAAAUUGAAUAAUAAUUAUAAUCAAGCAUUUGAAUUAUUAACAAAAGAUAAUCAGGAGUUACUUUCGUCUAAACUUGAAGUUUUAGAUGAUGUUUCUGAUUUAAAACAACAAAUCCAUUCUAAUAUGGCUGGUACAAGAAAAUCAAAUCAUAAGAAAUCAAAUGAUGACGAUAUAGAAGAAGAUGAAGAAGUAGAAGAAGAAGAACAAGAAAUCAAGAAAGAAGAAGAAGAAGAACAAAAGCCAGUUUCUAAAAAGAGAAAACUUAAUACCAAAACUAAAUCGAAGACUAAAACUAAAAGUUCUACUAAAACUGUGACAUCUACACCACCAUCAUCAUCGAUAUCUUCAUUAUCACCAGAUGCUACUCACAUUAAUGGUAGUAAUAGUAAUAGUACCAAUAUUAAUACCACGAUAUCAUCACCAAUUCAAAUGAAAAAGGAAAUUGAUAUUGAUAAUAUUUUCAUUAAAAAAGAGUUUUCACAAUCACCACUACAACCAACACAAGAACAAGAACACCAUGAUAUAUAUUUAAAAAGUGAAUCGAAAGAUGCUUUUUGGAAUUACCCAUCACCACUUUCAUUCCAUGAUUCCCCAUUACAAAUUGAUAUAGAUACAUCAUCAUCACCAUCCCCCUCCUCCUCCUCCACCACCUCCUCAUCAUCAUUAAUUUCAUCUUCCGGUCCAACUAAUCAUUCUAUAGCUGAUUUAGCAGCAAUCAGUCUAGCAGCCAGCAGAGCCAAUAGAAUCAUUUCAGUUGGACUUUGA